AUGUCUAAAGAAUUUAAUAUUGCUAUUUGUGGUUCGGCACGUGUUGGUAAAAGUACACUUGUUAAUGCUCUUUGUGGAAAGCAAGUUGCACGAACAAGUAAUAGUUUAUGUGCACAAACUGAUCGAAUGGAAAAAUAUCUUAUUAAUGGAAACGAUCAUACAAGCUCAAUUUCAUAUACUAUUACAAUUUAUGAUACUCCAGGUAUUGAAUCGUGGACUGAAGAUCAUGUUCGAACUUAUUUUUCAAGAAUUAUGAAUACAAGUAAACCACUCUGUAUGAUUUAUUGUGCAUCGCCUGGAUCAUUUGCACAACUUGAUCAAUUACAAUGGCUUGUCGAUACUUGUAUCAAAUCAAAUAUCUUUUGUGCUUUAGUUUGUACAAAUAAAUAUUCUGGUGGAUCGGAAAGACGUAAACAAGUAUUACAAGAUUUUCAUUCACUUCUUACUCAUUAUCAUAACAUGACACGAGAUGAAACAAAUAUAAAAUAUUAUGGUGAUGUUGCUCUAUGUACGUCGGUAAAUAGUAUUGUCUAUGAAGAUAGAGAACUUAAUGUACGGAAAGAAGCGGAAGGAAUUAAUGAACUUAUUUUUGGUAUUUUAACAUCAUUGAAAGAUGAUAAAAUUGUUGCUUGGUGUUUUACAAUUUCGGAUAAUCAAUCGUUUUGGAUAACUAUGCAAGCGAAAAUUAUCGAAUUUUUUAAAUUAGCACAACCAGUUGCAAUCAAAUUUUGGGAUGAACAUGGCAAAGAUACCACACUAUCUUUAAUUCCACUUAUUUUAACUUUUAUUAAACGUAGACUUUAG